UCUCUAACAGUCCCUGCCAUGGUACGUGCACUUCUGUGAUCUCUCUAUCAUAUGCUUUUUCUGGUAUCCAUCCUUUUCAUCAACAUCUGAACCCAUUCAUGUAAUCUCAAGACUGUUUUCAAUAGCCAAAACUAUGGGCAGGUCAAGAAACAGCAACCUUGGCCUCAUAUCACCUUUUCGACUGCUCCCUCUCUUAUCUGUCUGUUUCAAUUUAUUAUGUCCUACCUGGCAAAUCUACACUUUAACAGUCGAAAGUUUUGGCUCAGUUUUCAGAGGACACUGUGUAUUGUCCAAUACACCAACAAGACAAAUAGUUAGUUACUUUGAGAAAGAUGCAGGAAUUGUUGUGGAUCAAAUGGGUUUUGGGGAUUAUAGAACUAUUCAGGAAGCAGUUGACUCUGUGCCUGAUAAUAACAUGGAGAGGAUUGUCAUACAGAUAAAUGCAGGCGUAUACUUAGAAAAAAUCCAUAUAGGGAGGAGGAAAUCUAAUAUCACAUUUCAAGGCCAAGGUGGUGAUGUUACACAUAUUUGCUGGAAUGACACUGCUGCCACUUCUGGUAGCACAAGAUCUAGUGCUUCUGUUACAGUUGACGCACCAGACUUCAUUGCCAAUGACAUCAGCUUUAAUAAUUUCGCAUACCCCACAAAUGGAACUCCGGGAUCUCAGGCAGUGGCACUCAGAGUAUCAGGAGACACGGCUGCUUUCUACAACUGUAGUUUCUAUGGGGCUCAAGAUACUCUGUUUGAUGAUAAGGGCAGGCACUAUUUUCACAAUUGUUACAUUGAGGGAACAACUGACUUCAUUUUUGGACAUGGGCUAUCCCUCUACCAGGAAUGUGAACUCCAUUCUAUUGCAGGAGUGGAUCCAUUGCGCAUUACUGGAUGCAUCACAGCACAAAACAGACAAACAUUACCAGAGAGAACAGGAUUUUCUUUUGUCAGUUGUUCCAUCACAGGCACAGGGCAGAUAUACUUGGGCAGAGCAUGGGGUACAUACUCUAGAGUAGUCUUCAGCUACACAGAAAUGAUAGAUAUUGUAGCUCCACAAGGAUGGUCAGAUUGGGGCGAUCCUUCCAAAGACCAGUCUGUGUACUAUGGAGAAUAUAAAUGCACAGGUUCAGGAUCUGACAGAUCUAAGAGAGUUGAUUGGUCUCAUCAGCUGACAGAUGAUGAGGCUGCUCUCUUUUUGAAUAUCUCUUUCAUAGAUGGUGAUCAAUGGUUGGAUUUGACAAAAUCUAAUGUUACACAGUUUGUCAAACAAUAGUGAAUGAUCAAAUUUCAAAAUUUUCAGAUAUCAUAAAGCCAUUAGGUACUUUAUGUUGUUAAAUGGCUCAACAGUUAUAAAACAUUCUUCAACCAAAUAGCAGUUUGUGCUUUCACAGCCCUAACACAGAGAGGGAAGGGUGGGGAAGGUAACUUGUAUAGUUUUGGGAACAAUCUCAAGGCUAAAUAAAAAUACCUCUUUAUUUUUAGAUAAGUAAAAUUACAGCUUAUAUUUCACAACGCGGAAUCACAGAGAUGGAAAGGAAAGGUGAGUCUAAAAGUAAUUAUGAGGAAGGAUUAUAGAAAAGAUAUGACAUAUUCAUAUCAAUAUCAAUUUUUCAAAUAAAAAUGAUUGCAUUGUUUUGUA